AGUUCUCGGAAGCACGUUCACUCGAUAGGACGACUGUCGUCUGGCGCACGACGAGCUUCAAGCAAUAUGGCGAAGUGUGUCAUGGGCUCGGUGAGACGUAGUGCCGUUUGAAAGAAUGAAAAGUUCGCGGUAUGGGUUGAGAAUAAUGUAGCGCUAUGAAGAUCGUGUGAAUAUCGUAUUUGUGUACAACAAAAGCAUCGAGUAGUUCCUUGUGAUCGGGAUAUACAGUGCGCGUUACCGGUGUGAAAUCAUGGCUACGGAUAAAAUAAAGGUUGCCGUUCGGGUUCGGCCGUUCAAUCGCAGAGAGCUGGAACUCGGUACACAAUGCGUCGUCGAGAUGUCCGGACAGCAAACCAUCUUGCAGCAUCCCACCACGAUGGACAAGAUCGAACGGAGCAAGCCGAAAACCUUCGCGUUCGAUCAUUGUUUCUAUUCCCUGGACCCGGCCGUGGAAAACUUUGCGAAUCAAGAUGUGGUGUUCGACGCCCUGGGUCGCGACAUUUUGGACAAUGCGUUCCAAGGUUACAACGCCUGCAUUUUCGCCUACGGUCAAACCGGGUCCGGGAAAUCGUACACGAUGAUGGGAAGCGGCGAGAACAAAGGUAUCAUACCACGGCUGUGCGACAACCUCUUCGACAUGAUCGCGAAGCAACAGAGCUCGGAGCUUACUUACAAAGUCGAGGUCUCCUAUAUGGAGAUCUACAACGAGAAGGUGCACGAUCUGCUCGAUCCAAAGCCGAACAAACAGUCGCUGAAAGUCAGGGAACACAAUGUCCUGGGGCCGUACGUGGAUGGACUUAGUCAGCUCGCCGUCACAUCCUUUCAGGACAUCGACAAUCUGAUGGCGGAGGGGAACAAGUCGAGGACGGUAGCUGCGACGAACAUGAAUUCCGAGAGUUCACGGUCGCACGCCGUAUUCUCCGUCAUCCUGACGCAAACGUUGACGGACUCGAAGAGCGGCGUCAGCGGUGAAAAGGUCUCGCGGAUGAGCCUGGUGGACUUGGCAGGGAGCGAAAGGGCUGUGAAAACUGGAGCGGUGGGCGAUAGGCUUAAAGAAGGAAGCAAUAUAAACAAAUCCCUAACGACGUUGGGUCUAGUCAUUUCGAAGCUGGCGGAUCAAAAUUCCGGAAGUAAUAAGAAUAAGGACAAGUUCGUGCCGUACAGGGACUCCGUUCUAACGUGGCUGUUGAAGGAUAACCUUGGCGGGAACAGUAAGACCGUAAUGGUAGCCACUAUAUCUCCUGCCGCGGAUAAUUACGAGGAAACGCUUUCAACCCUGCGAUACGCGGACAGAGCCAAGAGAAUCGUUAAUCACGCGGUGGUCAACGAGGAUCCAAAUGCAAGAAUCAUUCGGGAAUUAAGGCAGGAAGUGGAGGCGUUGAAAGAGAUGCUAUUACAUGCAACUGGACAAGGGUCGAUAGUGGGCCAGCAACGCACAGACAUAACGGAAAAGCUGUCGGAAUCGGAACGAUUAAUGAAGGAAAUGUCGCAAACGUGGGAGGAAAAACUGGUGAAAACCGAGAGGCUGCAACACGAAAGGCAACAGGCCUUAGAAAAAAUGGGAAUCAGUGUUCAAGCCUCUGGUAUCCAAGUGGAAAAGAACAAGUAUUAUCUCGUAAAUCUAAACGACGACCCUAGCUUGAACGAGCUGCUAGUUUAUUAUCUGAAGGAAAAGACUCUGGUUGGAGGACGUUCGGCAAAGACGGAGCAAGACAUUCAGCUGCACGGACUUGGUAUUCUGCCUGAACACUGUGUCAUCACGAUAGAGGAAACUGGCCUCUAUAUGACGCCAUUAAACGGUGCUAGGUGUUUCGUGAACGGCACUCAGGUAGUAGAGAAAACGCCGUUGUUACACGGUGACAGGAUCGUCUGGGGAAAUCAUCAUUUCUUCCGGGUGAAUUGUCCCAGAAGUGCAACAGCGAUCAACAGUGAGCCUCAGACGCCGGCACAGAAUAUUGAUUACACUUUUGCACGAGAAGAACUGAUGCUUAACGAGUUGUCGAACGACCCUAUUCAAAGAGCUAUCGCUAGACUCGAGAAGCAGCACGAAGAAGAUAAACAGGUCGCGUUAGAGAAACAGAGGCAAGAGUACGAGCGGCAGUUUCAGCAACUUCGCAACAUUUUGUCUCCAUCGACACCCUAUUCCCCUUACGUACCAUACGAUCCCCUGCGGGGCAGUCAAAGUAGUAAACUUCCUGCUUGCACGCCAACUACGCAAAUGCGAGUAGAGAAGUGGGCCCAGGAAAGAGACGAGAUGUUCAAAAGGAGUUUAGGCCAAUUGAAAGCGGACAUCUUAAAGGCGAACGCAUUGGUGCAGGAGGCAAACUUCUUGGCGGAAGAGAUGGGGAAGCAAACGAAGUUUAGCGUCACUUUACAGAUUCCGCCAAACAAUUUAAGUCCAAAUAGAAAGAGUGUAUUUUUUCAGCGGGGCGCCUUCGUCAGCGAGCCUGCGAUUCUAGUGAAAAGGACAAACAUGGGCAGUCAGGUGUGGUCCAUGGAAAAAUUAGAAAACAAAUUAGUCGAUAUGCGGGAUAUGUACGAGGACAGAAAGGAUCCCAACAAUUGUCAACGAUUACCUGCCAUUAAGGAUGAAGUGCCCGGGAAGACUCAAGACCCGUUCUACGAGUCCCAGGAGAAUCACAAUCUCAUUGGAGUAGCGAAUAUUUUCUUAGAGGUUCUGUUUCACGACGUUCGGUUAGAUUAUCACACGCCAAUUAUCAGCCAACAAGGAGAAGUCGCUGGACGACUGCAGGUCGAGAUUAGUCGCAUAUCUGGCCACUUUCCCCAGGACCGUAUCUGCGAGGCAGCGUCAGAAUCGUCGAAUGACUCGACCUCGUCAGAACCUGAGGAUUAUUCCGGAUCGAGCUUCAUCACUUGUCGCGUGACCAUCAAACAAGCAACUGGUUUGCCUCUGUCACUGAGCCAUUUUGUAUUUUGUCAAUAUAUGUUCUGCGGACAUCCAGACCCCAUAGUGGUCCCAGCCAUCGACAAUUCCGAACAAUUAACUUCGAAUUGCCAGAUAGGGCAGAGAGACUCUCUGGUGUUCAAGUUUAAUCACACGAAAGAUUUUACCGUGCCCAUAACGGAAGAGUUUAUCGAACACUGUAGCGAAGGGGCCUUAAGCAUAGAAGUUUGGGGACACCGAAGUGCCGGAUUUUCGCGAAGUAAACCAGGUUGGGAAGUCGAGCAGCAACUUGCAAAAGCUAGAUCUCUGGCUGAUCGAUGGUCAGAGUUAACGCGGAAGAUCGAAUUGUGGGUCGAAAUCCAGGAACUAAAUGAGCAAGGGGAAUAUUCACCGGUGGAUGUGGUUGUGAAACAAGAUACAUGGACAGGAGGUAUUUAUCAGUUACGUCAAGGACAGCAACGACGAAUACAAGUUCGUGUGAAACCAGUACAAAAUUCAGGAACAUUGCCCAUAAUUUGUCAGUCGAUAUUAAAUAUAGCAGUUGGUAGCGUGUCUGUAAGGAAUCGUCUUCAGAUUCCAUUGGAUAGUUAUCAGGACGAAGACUUAAGCAUACUAAGGGAAAAGUGGAGCGAAGCUUUAAUGAGAAGGAGACAAUACUUGGAUCAACAGAUACAGAAACUCAUUAACAAACAAGAUAAAACUGAACAAGAUAUUGAACGAGAACAAAGUCUCGUGGAUCAGUGGGUCAGUCUCACAGAAGAAAGAAACGCAGUGUUAGUCCCUGCAGCAGGGUCAGGUAUUCCUGGUGCACCUGCUGACUGGAACCCCCCUCCAGGAAUGGAACCACACAUACCUGUUCUCUUCCUUGAUCUCAAUGCCGAUGAUCUUUCAACACAUCAGUCGGGAGAAGAAGUCUCCGUAACCGGGUUAAAUUCCAUCUUGCCAAAGGAACAUGGCAAUAAAUUCUACAAUUUACCCAUAAUUCGUCGUAUAGAGAAGGACGUGUGCGCUAUCGCUGCUUGGGAUUCCAGUAUACACGACAAUAUACAUCUGAACAAAGUCACAGAUGCAAACGAGCGGGUUUUUUUAAUUUUGAAAACAACGGUACGCCUCUCACACCCGGCGCCAAUGGACCUUGUGCUGCGUAAACGAUUAGCCUUGAACAUCUACAAACGGCAAAGUAUCACAGACAGAAUCUUCAAGAGGAUCGUUCGUACCGACUGUUUAACUCAGACUGGAGUCACUUACGAAGUCGUGUCUAAUAUACCAAAGGCUAGCGAAGAAUUGGAAGAUCGCGAGAGUUUGGCACAAAUAGCUGCCAGUGGGGAAGACAACAGCUUAUGUGAUGGCGAAACUUACAUCGAAAAAUAUACACGCGGUGUUUCUGCGGUGGAAAGUAUCUUAACUUUAGACCGAUUACGACAAAGCGUCGCGGUAAAAGAAUUACUGCAAGCACAAGGUCAACCACUUAUGCGCAAGACAGCAAGCGUACCCAACUUCUCGCAGGUACUACUGCCUCUCCGCCGUCUUGGACGCACUAUCAUGAGAUCCGACACCUCGAUGGACUCUUUGAACGUCACGCGUUCUGAAAGCGUGACUGAUCUCAACACAGAAUUGAACGGGCUGCUUCAUUCGCGACGUGCAUCCACGGGUCACACCAGAAACGAUGAGAACUUCGUUUCUGCGCCAGCUAAACCAUUUGGAAUCGGCUCCAUUCUGAACUCAGCGAGACCAACCUUCCUGAAUUUGAACCUGAAUCUCAACUCAUUGACACGUCUGCAACAAUCCACCUCUGCCAAGUCAUCUCCGAAUAUGGUCGGUGGCAAAUUGGGUCUACGAAUGACUACUCUGCACGAGGAAACAUCGAACACUGGCAACCAGUUGUCGACGCCCGUACACGACGAGGACGAAGAGAAGAGCGACGCUGAUUACUCGGAAUAUGACUCGUACCAGGCACCGGCGAAACCAGUAAAACCGCUAACUUCUUCACGCACACUGGAUUCUCUUGUCGAACUUCAAUCGACGAAGAUCAACACGCCAAGCAUGAGCAGCAGCGGCUACGGUUCACAAGCCGUGUCUACGACCAAUCUCACGUCCGAGGACUCCAUCUCCGUUAAAUCUAUCAGCGUGGACGAGACACCAGACCUGGAAUACAGAAAUCUGUUGGAUUAUAAGAAACCAGAGAGAAUGGACAGCUCACUGGUGGAAGAAACGCCGGAGGAAUAUAUGGGUGAAGUGACUAACGCGUUGGGCAACUUGAACGUGAUGGAGAACACUUGCGGCGAGGAGCAUACUAGAAAGAACUUAGACGAGGCAAGUGCCUACAUGGACGCAGACAUCGACAGUCCGGUUUCUUCGACGAAAAGCGAUAGCGAUGCAAAUACCAAUGUGUCGCGUACAAGUUCUACUCAUUGUCAGAAGAAGGAUAUACCAAGCCAGGGUUUGAGCAACAGAAGGAAAAGCGACAUGGAGAUUAGUCAGGCAUCGAAUUCUGGAGAAGACAGCCCUCUGGAAGGUAGCUCGGUUGUACACACGAAGCUACCACCAGGCAAGGUCGUACGUCGAAGGAAAGCUUCUACUAGCACAGGAAGGCCUACGAGUUCUCAGCACAGGGCUUCAUUCCCCAUGGUCCGUCCACAAGUUUCAGAGAGCAAAGCAGCAGCAAGACUCGAACAAUCAAUGCAACCUAACAUUCCCUAUGAAAACGGUGACAACAGCUCCUCUGAACGAAUCGAUGACGACGUGAGCGACAAGAGUUCAGCUUUCGGAUCGAGACACGACCUAAGUAGAGUCGAAACUCCGCUCCCGGAUUGGGUUAUAGUUGGUGAAUCGGUGCUGGUUCGCCCAUACAGCUAUUCUGGUGUCAUAGCGUACGUUGGCCCAACAGAGUUUGCAUCCGGGACGUGGAUAGGAGUUGAACUCGAUGCCCCGACAGGUAAAAACGAUGGUGCUGUGAAUGGCCAUAGGUACUUCACGUGUCGACCGAAAUGCGGUAUCUUCGUUAAAGUGGACAAACUAAUUCAGGACAAACGUGGCCGAGCACUUAGAAACUAUGUUUCUGUCCCUCAACCUGCACCGAUGCGUCGAAGCGUCAGCAGAGGUGAGGGUUUACAUUCCUUGCACCGAAGUCGAAGCCGAGGAGAGGGCCUUUCAACGACAGGCACGCGAUCUUCUCCACGGGGCAAGUAAACGGAUCACAACGCCGCUUCACCAGUAACUUCGUUCUACUAAUAAGCCACUAAAUAUCCUAAUUGCUACAUGCCUAUGAUAUGUGUAGCAGCAGUGUUUCAGUCCCUUAGACGUUAGGGCAGUUAUGGAUUAAUUAAUACUUAUAAAUAUUACUUGAAAUAUUAGGUCAUUGUAAUGUGUAUCACACAAAGCAUGGGACGUUCUGUCAAAGAAACUUUUUUUCUGGUGUUCUUUUUUUCUCGAACAGAACAUGCUGUUCUGAAAGCAUAGUAUCUACAACUACAUCGCAUCUUCAGUAGCAUAGCGAGAGCGAGAGCGAGAGAGAGAGAGAGCGAGUAUAGCGCGAAAGGGAGAGAGAGAAAGAGUGAGAGAGAAUGAGUAUUAAACAAAAAGCGCAAGAAACAUCGAUACGAAGAAAAGUUUCGUCUUUGCGUAUCGAAAGUCAGCGAACGAUGUUCAAUCGAAUAUAUAUAUAUAGUAUAUAUAUAUAUAUAUAUAUAUAUAUAUAUAUAUAUAUAUAAUUUGUAAGCAUUCCACAAAAAACUUUUAAUUUUAACGACUGGGAUGAUGAGCCAUUUACUUUUUACAUAAGAGGAAGCAUCAUUUAGUUCGCGUAUUAAUUGUACAUUUUUUAACACUAAUUAAAGAAAGAAGGGAAAAACAGAGACAGUUAUUUUGAUCGUAAUCUUCUACCAUUGGUGGUAAAUCAAGGCUCGUUUUAAACAAUAAUAUUCCAUAAUUUCUAAGCACCGAUUGCAUUUAAAAGAAAAGAAAAAGAAACGGAAUAAAUAUCGACACGAAUAUUAAAUAUAUUACAAUAUGUACAAUAAUCAUAUGAAUUAAAAUUAAAAAAAAGAAAUAACAAUUUGGCAAUUUUAUGGAAAUUGCCAGUGAAUAUAUAUAUAAAUAGACAGAAUAUGAAAAACACUCUCCAAAAUUGCCGGGCCGGUAAUUUGAAAUAAUGGAGAUGUAGCCAACAGAGGAAUAAAUCACACGGGACGGCCAAAAACUAAAAUAAAUGUGAAGAUGAUGAUUCUUUUCAUGAGACACGAAUUUACCGCGUUGCGUAGAUUAUUUAAAGAUUUUAUAUGUAUACAAUUGUUUCAUAUAUAUUGUAUUUUUUUAGCGCAAUCUGUUAAGUUCCUUUUUAUUGUAACAUACAAUUAUUGUCCUCUGUCCAGCAUUACGUUGUUAACGCGAACAUGACACGCAAUUAAUUUAUACAGCGCAAAAGUGUAUGGAAGAAGCUGUGCGUGUUGCAUGACGAUAUAAAUUGAAGAUAAAAAAAGAAAUUCACAUUGGCUAUCGUCUCUGUCGUAAGUGAUUGUCAGUGUUGGUCAUCGAUCGAUUAAAAUCUUAACAAAUUAGACACAAGUUAUUCUUGCGUAACAACAACUAGUUUGUUGAUAAAACAAGCGAAAUUUUACAAAUUGCAAGUUAUCUGUUUCUGUAUGAAGGUAUAUUAUAAAAUCAUAAAAAACAAGUCUACAUAACGUACAAUCUUUAUCUUACUAGCAAUAUCGUACACUAAUAUUAUUAAUUGUUAAAAUAUCGUGCAACAAGAUCCGCAGAUCACGAAUAAUAAAAAAGUCAUCGUUUCUUACAAAUGUUCAUAACAAAAGACGAUUGAGAAUACAAUAUUACAUUAUAGCGUUCCAAGAUUAAAUAGCAAUUUUAAUCGUUAAUUGUGAUUACACUUAGUUGAAUGAAAUUUUCAUCGUCAAUGGCAAUUAAUUGUAAUCAUUAAUUAUCAAUUACAUAGUAAUUGUUGCCCAAUGCUGGCAUUGAUUCACAACAAUCGAUUCGCUGGCUAAUGUGAAUCGUUUCUGAGUGCAACACAAUCACAUAGGGUCGCAAUACUAGAUUCGUAAGUUUUAGAUAGUAGAGAUCGAAUUAAAGAAAAUGAAAAAACACACGAGCUUGCUUGAUCGUAUCUUGAAUUAGCGUCACGUCAAACUGCGUUGAUUCGACGUUAUUUCUUUCUUUCUCUAUUCUUUAUCAUGGCGAAUUGUCCACGAUUCGUUGCACUUGACUCUUCUUGAUUCUUGGCUGAAUUUUCACCGCGGAACGACUCUAAUAUACAUAUAUGUAUAUAUAUUUGAUACAUUUCAAACGUGAUUUUUGCUCAGUACGACGAUGACGAUACUGAUUUCUCGUUCGACAAUGAAUUAAAUAAAAGGAAAAAAAAGCGAAGAAAAAGAAGAAGAAGGAUAUAAGUAAAGCACUGUGAAAAGAUAUAACGGCGAUAGAUGGUGAAAGGUGUCGCGUGUAAGAGAAAAAUCAAACGACGGUAUCGCAUAUUUUUUUUAAUUUAUCGAAUAGAUCGUGUGGAGUACAAGGAAGGUGCGAAAAUAGAAAGAAAGGAGGGAGGGGAAAAAAGUUUAAACGUGUAACGAAGAAAUGAACGUCGAAUGAAAGAAGCUAAUUAAUCAUCAUAAAGAUUAAGAUAUAAUCGUAAAGAAACGAAAGAAAAAGAAGAAAAAAGAAAGAAAGAAAAUUCGCCCAAAUUGUGAACAUCAACCAACAAAAAAAAAAAGAAAAAAAAAAGAAAAGAAUAACCAUAACAAGAACAACAACUUCUGUCCAAUUAGAACAAUACUAAACGCUAUCAAUAAUGAACAUAUAUUACUGUAUGUAAUACUUAUUGAAUAUAAAUAAUAAACUCUCGCCUGCGACGCGACGUUUCCUUGGUCAUACGGCGAUUAAAAGACGAGAGACUUCCGGUUGUUGCUUUCGUGUACACGCGUGUUAUCAUAAACGAAUAGAAUAAACAAAGUAAAGAUGGUAAAGAUAAAAAUACGAACGCGUAUUUUACACGAAAGGGAAACGCCGCGGGCGAAGGUAUCUCUGUCCAUUUUUUGGUAAUUCAAGAAUAUUAAUGAUGAAAGAAAAUUAAGACUCAUAAAUGUCACAGUGAUGCUACAUGCCUACCUGGCAUAUUUAAUAUAAUAAAGUCUCUUUUAAGUUUCAGACACCGCGUUACACUUUUCUGUUCUUUUUUUCUUUUUUCUUAGAUUCUUUUUCCCCGCUAUCGUUACGAUGAGAAAUUAUACUAUACACAUACAUAGAAUUGAAACAUAGUAAAAUUUAAUUUCUAAUAAUUGUACAAUGUUCGAUCGUCUGCUUAUAAAUAUUUUCUAAUAAUUAACUAAUUUUAUUGUAAUAGCUAAAAAUUGUACAUAUAUGAUUACUUUCGUUUUCUGUGUUUUUUUUUUUUUCUUUCUUAUUAAUUUUGUCCGUUUAUUUCCAAUUAUAUCUCGCAGUGGAGCAUCUAGCAUCGACGGAGCUUACACAGCCUAUUCCAUCCCACGAUAAGACAAUGUCCAUUUUUAUCGUUAUUAAUUAUCUAAUAUGAUAAUCGUUCAACAACUAUACUUUGUACCCUAACGGAUCCUAGAAUAAUAUUUUCGACCAAUCGGUUUUACGAAUGUCUCUGGAAGACUUCCGAGUUUAACAUUAUCCCUUUCAUCCGAAAGCAAAGCUGCUGCAGCCACAGACAAACACACACAACACACGGUCUAAGUUCCAAACGAAAAUCAAUGAGAAAGAAACGAAUCAAAUGAUGAAAAGAAAGAGACGAAGGAAAGAAGACGAAGACGCGAACAAGUAAAGAUAAAUAAACAACGUUGAAACAAAGGGUCGCACGGGUCCAUUUUUUUCAGAGUAUUAAAGAAAAGAAAAAAAAAAGUAACAAGACGUAAAAUAAAACGCCCUGUAAUCUAAUCGAUUCUCCUAACUAUAAAAAGGCUGUGAGACUAAUCUUUUGCUGUUUUACGCUGCUCCCUCGUUUUUCUACCCUCGCACUGCUGCCGAUUGCAUACGCGCGACUUGUGCACGGUACCAUUUUACGCAUCCAUCAGGCUAGCCAUUUUGGCUGGACUUCUCAGAAAGCGCGACGUUCGCUCUGGCAUAAGCUCCAACUAAAGAAAACAAAUCUUCUUCGUUAUUUGUGGAAAGUUUGGCGAGAGAAUGGUGAACGUGUUAUGCCGGAGGAUUUUAAAGACGUAAACCAUUUUUGGGAAGUGUGGGUCGAGGAGGUAUUUGAGUACUUUUAAUUAAUAAGUUAAAUCUGUACUCUAAAUUAUACGUCUGUCUUGUACUUUAAAUCGUGGAAUAGACCUGAGAAUAUUUUUGUUUAUAAAUAAUAUGAUCAUGAAGACUAUGUUGGUAAAAAUUGAAGAUAAUUUGAAGUAUGUGACGAAAUUGGAAUUUUUAACUUGCUGUAAAAUCAUAGCUUGCAACUUACAUAUUUCUAUAUCUUUCACAUUCUCUUUUAUUUGUUUAUCGUCGUAAUAUGGUAUUUUAUUAUCGCGUCAUUAAUUUAAAGAUAUUCGUGUUACGAUAUAAUCAUCAGAGCAUUGUUAUACUUGUUGAUAAACGAUAAUCAAUCUGUGAUUGAUGAAUAUUAACGAGUAAUAAAUUAGAGGAAAAAUUAAUGUUUACAAAUUCUAAUAAUAAUCUGAAUAACUCAAUCCUCGUGCUUUGGUUUGCCAAAUACUUUGAUUACAAGUACUCCAAUACACGAUUGAUGAUUGGCUUAAAGUAAAAUUAUUCGCGUUUCCAAAUUUCAGAGAACUGACAAACAUCUGUCUACUAAAUAGUCGAAAUGCUAAAGGAUAGCGGUAGAAAAGAAAUUGGAAACUUUUGAGUUCUUUUCUCCCAAGAAAGUUAGCAAGAAUUUAACAGCACGUCUACCAGAAACUUAUUUAAAAUAUCUUUACGGUGUAUUAAAUAUUGUGUAGUAACGUACAAAGUAAUUAUCAACUAUAUUGCUUUCAUUGGGAGAACAUAAAACAUGCCUUGUUUUUCAUCAGGCAACAGUUUAUCAAUUAAAAUUCAUUUAAUUCUUAAUGGUCCAUGUGCUAAAUUAUCGAAAUCAAGGAUGAAAAAUAAAUAAAAUAAAUAAUUUGAUAUAGCGGAGGAACAUACGAAAUUUGUAUUCAUGGGUGAUAACCACCAAAAUAGUGUUUCAGAGCCCUCGUUUCUAAAAUUGGAAAAGAGAUAUGCCGAAAAAUUACAAUAAAAGAUUGCCACUCUAUCAUUCAUUAAUAUAAUCCAAGUAAAAAGUAUUUUAUAUUUAAUCGAUAAAAAUAUAAUAAAACAAUGCAAGAUGAUCUCUAAACUAAUAUAAGGAAAUCAAUUAUACUGCUACAUAAUAUUUAAUUGCACUUAACCGCCCAGAAACUUUCCCACGGAAUCCUAAUUGCUAUACCCGCGGAGCCUGCAUUUUCCAGUGUCGUCAAUUAAACGCGAAGUGCGAGCAUGUUAAUAUUGAAUUCGGAACUCUUCUAAAAACGCUUGACGGUGAGAGACUGUUCGAACGAUCAUCGCUAAAUACAUUAAACGAAACAAAAGAAAAAAAAAUAAUAAGAACCCACAUAUGUACAUGUAUAAUGUAAGCGAGUCGAGAUUGGUGUUAUAUUUUAAUAUAAUGUGUAAAAAAAAGAGCAAAUAACAAAAGACAAAGGAGGUAUGUGCGCAAACGAAAAAAAGAUGCCAUCAGACACACAUACACCGGUAUUUAGACGUUUAUCGACACAGUAUUGUAAGAAAAUUGUAGCUACGAUGUGCACCAGCUUCACGAUAAUUCCAGACACCCUCCACCCCCAUUUUUCCUCACCAUCAUCCCUUUGAUUGUUGUUAUUGUAUUAGCGAUACCGAGACCGACACUCUGUACAUUGCAAAUCGAAUCAAUCUGUACGUCGAACAUGGUGCGACCAAAUAGAAUUGUCGACCGUACAAUUUUCGUUCAUUGUACCUUCUCGAACCCUCGAUCUUCGGAACCACGUGUGUAUUCUGUUCUAAUUUACUCCAUAGGGAACAAUUGUACGGUAAAUUGUCUUCCAUCGAGUAAAUUAUUGUCUCAAUUUCUAUUGAAAAUGAUUGUUUCAACGAGACGUUUGAAUCGAUAACUUUAUACGAAUUUAAUACUAAUAUACUUAGAUAUCUCUGUUAAUCGCAUUGAUGUAUUUGAAUACCGGUACCUAACGCAAUGAACUAGGCGCAUUGGUGAUAUUACCACCUCUGAAAUAUUAAACAAUUGAUAUUUAAAAUUACUCGAAUAUUUGGUAUUCAAUGUUUUGUGGUACUCGGAUAUUGGUAUUUAAUAAUCCAAGCACUCGAAUACCGGUAAUAUCAGUAACUUUUGGUAUUUGAAUAUCACUAUCCUGUAUUCCAGUGGGGUUGAAUACCGAUACUUGGUAUUUUAAAUGCAUGAAUAUCAGUAUUUGGUACUUUUGGAUGCUCGAGUACAAGUAUUUCGAAUAUCAGAAAUUUGAAGUAAUUUAAUAUUAGUACUCUGUAUUCUGAGGUAUGCUAAAAUAUGAAGAUUAAAUAUUCUUCAAUACUUGGAUAUCAGUAUACUGAGUCAUUCUAAUAUUAAAUACUAGUUACAUCACUGAGAUAUAUAAUCGGAAAUUAUAAACAUUACAGUUAUAAAAAACAAAUUUAAUUACAUAAUUACAAAGUAACUUUUAAUUGAACAAAUCAUAGCAUAAUUAGUAUUGUCCCAUUCAAAUUGAUCGCUAGCGAUCAAAAUAUUCACAUGAAAAGAAAAGAACAUGGAAUACAUGUACGUUUAUUCCGAUUGAUCGAGGAUUCACCCUGUAAUAACGUAGAACUCCUCUUCGGACGAGUAGGACGAGAAAAGUUAAUAAGAAAAAAAAAAUGAUUGAUACUAGAUUGUAAGGAUUUUGGGAAUUCUCUGUAGAUCCGUAGAUCGCUGUAUCACUCGCUCCGGUACUAGAUAACCGGAAAUAGGAAAGCCUAUUUUUGCAUUGCGUGAUUAAAGGCAGAAAACGCAUUUAGAGUCAGUUCCCAUUCAACUGAUAUCUAUUCGGACGAUGUCUUAUGUAAGGCUAUGGGACGAUGCAAGGACGAUUCGCGGGAUGUUCUGCCAUUUUGCCAUUACCAUGUUCGCGUGAUCGAAUUAUCUGAAUGUUUUCACUUUAAUCGCAAUGAUCCGCUGUAUCAUUCUUUUUUCUACUCUUCCACGAUUCAUUUAACCUUAGAUUCAUGAGCUGAGAACAAAAUGGGAACGUUUCUGUCAAUAUUCUAUGUACAGUUGUAGAAAUUUGUCUCUGUGUAAUAUAAAUGGAUUGAUAAAAUACAUGGAUUGAAUCAAAAUAUGCAGCAGGUGAAUAUAAAUAAUAGUCUGUGUGUGAAUAAACUUACCGCUGUCUAUAGAGUUUCAUUGUACAUUCUUGUUGAUUGAUAGGUUGUGUUUUAACAAAUUUGUUCAACAAUUAAAAGUUUCCAUUUCGCCAGUAUUAUACUUGGAGGUUAAAUGAUAUCUAAAUGAGAAGGAUGUACUACGCAUUAUGAACAAAGAAAAAUCAAAAAUUAAAGGAAGCAAAAAAAAUGAAAAAUCAAAGGAAUAAGGUAUCUUGAAUACCUUAAAUACCUUAUGAAUACCUUAUCUUUUAAAUGAUAUUCUAAUAAAAAUAUUAAUAUUGAUUCACACAAUACAGUUUCCUGAAAGUGUAGAAAAAAGUACUCAACCAAAUACGAUCGAUAAAAUAGUCAGCUCUAUAAUAAAUUGUUCAGAAAUUUAAAUAAUAAUUAUUACCUGAUAAUGGUAGAAAUCAGAUGCAAAAUAGCAAAGAACAUCAAGCAAUCGAACUUAGAUCGCCUUGAUAUUGUAACGAUACGUUGCUUCGACUACGUUCGCGAGAACACACUAAUGUACGAUCAGUAACUAAAACUUAACACGAAUCAUUAAACUUACAAAAACUUUCUAAAUCAAUUUUCACAAAAAAAUGAAGAACUUCGAAAGAAAACGACGCGACGCGACGCGAUAGUCCACUACGAUUAAUCGGAACAGUCGAUAAAGAUCGACUCAAAUAACGAUUAUCGAAGUACAGCACCGAUCGAUCAAGCGUCAAAAUUCUAACCUUAAUCAGUCAUAAUAGAAGAAUUGCCAAUGAAGAGGACCAGUUAUGGAAAAAUAUGCGAAUAAUGUGAUCGACUUUCAAGGAAUUGAUAUAAGUGUUUGCGAACGCGGUCGAAGUAAAGAUCGAAGCCGGGAAUGUAAAAUAAAAAGUAAGAUAAAUCAGAGGCGCUUAGGCGACUUUUAUUUCGUGUUACGCAUACAUAUAGUAAACAAUUAACACGUCGUCAUGACGAAAAGAUUCAAAUUCCAUUACUUAGAUUAUAGUUAGCGAUCGAAUUAGCAUCGUACCUUUUUCGCGCGCACUGGUGCUACAGUGGCCGUUGUACGGAGAACGCUUUCAGAAAGCAUCGUGUGAUCAUUUCUCACACUUGCUCACCCGUGGACAUGAACACAACACACAUGACGGAGCACGAUUAAAAGAGCCGAGAAAAAGGAAACAAGAUCGCGUUACAUCGACGAACGUGCUUGUAUGGAAGUUAAGUUUAGUCGUGGCUCGAUGCAAACUCGCGUUAUUGCCAUCAAUAUUGCAGUCUCUUUAGCAUUAAUCUGACUUAAACCUCACACAAGAUAUAUCAAUUAAAUUCUCGCCUCAUUUUUUCAGCACCUAUCUUCACGUGUUAGCCUACACGCUUAACCAUGAAUGGGCCCAUUUUUAUUACGAUAGCCUUUAUUACGAAGCGAAGGUUUCCUUUCGAUUUCGCGACAAUCUCGAGCAGCACCUCUUAACCUUUAUUACUCACACAGCAAUCACAUACGUAUUACACACGCACACACACAUCCGAUCGCAGGCGUACGCACUAGUGGCACGACGUGCUUAGCGGUGAAGACAGAUAAGUAAGAAAAGCAAAAAAAUAUAUGAUACAUUAACGAAAAAAAAAAUAAAUAAAAGUAUAGGUAGGAGAUAUAUUCCAUGUAAUUUCUUCGAAAAAAAGGAAAAAAAGCUAAUCAUUCUUUGUUUGAUUUAGUAGCGGACUCGUAGCGGAAUCGCGCGGUAUCCCUCAUUUAUUGCCAGAGACAGAGUAUCGUAUACUACUUUUUUCGAUCUCGUAGGGCCAUGUGAAGGCUGAAGCGAAUAAAUAAGUUUAAUGGAGUCACACCGGAACUGUGUCGUAAACCGAGAGAUGACUUAUUGUGUAAUAGUAUUAUUUUAUAAGCAGUCAAUAAUAUUAAUAAUUAUCGGAAGUAAGCUACAAAAUACCGUAUCACCCCAAGGAAAUAACAAAAUAAAAAAUUUCAUGUAUUCUUUUCGUAAGCUCGUCUCGUCUCGAGAGUACCUAUACCUCUAUUGUUAAAUAUUAUACAUACUGCGAUACUUGCAUAGAAGCUAAUACGAGUAUGGACUUAAACAAUAAGGUGUGUACAUUUUAAUUUUUAUGAAUAUAAUAAAAGUAUAAUUUAAUGUUC